AGUUGUUUAGCAGCUUAUUGCACUGCUAUAUCAUGAGUGAUUUUGAUAUUAGUGGCUCUGAUUCUGAGCCUGUCUCAGACAUCAACCCAGAGGAGAUGGCUAAGUUAAUGGCAGAUUUAGGUGAUAUCGAUGAUGUUUUUAAAAGUUCUGAAAAGCCUCCUGCAAAGAUCAAGCUUACGGCUGAAAAGGAAAUGACCAGAGAUGAAGGCCAACGGGUCACAUUUGAUAAGAAGCAGCCAGAAGAGGAUGAUGAUUGGGAUGCUGAUGAUCUCUUGCAGUCUGAUGAUGAUAUUCCAAAAAUGAAAACACAGAAAUCUAAAUCUCCAGGUAAGCAUAUUAAGUCAGCCAGUCCUGAAAGCAAAAUUACUCGCAGUGAUGGCAAAGAUAGAAGAAACUUAACCAAAACCAAGCUAAUGGCUGACUUAUUUACUGGGAAUUCUGAGGAUAAAAUAGAAAUACCAGCAAAGAGUAGAUCAGAACUGUCUUCUGCAUCUGAUGUAGGACCAGCAAAGAAAGAUAAGAGCAAGCUCAUGGCAGAGCUAUUCGGAAGUAAUGAUGCUGCAAUAGAAGAAAGUUCUCACAUUAGACAGAAUAUAAAAAAAUCAAAAGAUGAGGUCACUUUUGAUGAUGAUGAUGAUUUAUUUAGUGGUUUUGGGGAGUCCAAAAAAAAAAACAAAGGCUGUUUCUGACUCUCCAAAAGGUAAAGGUUUCCUUGACAGCUUAUUGGCAAAAAGUAAUGCCUCAGAUAAUAAACAAACAGAUAAGAAAAAAUCUUCAGAAUUUAUUUUGGAUGAUAAAUACAAAAAUAUGAGUAAAGCAAAGAAAAAAGAACAAGAAAGUUUUGGGGAUUACAUGCCAUCUGCUGGAAAACCUGAUAGUCCUCUGAGAAGGACACCAAAGAAGGCACCUGCCAGUGACCCUUUUGAUAUUUUUGGUGAUAAAGAACCAAGAAGACCCAAAGCAAGAUCAGCUCAGAGAAAGACUUUAGAAUCAGAUGAUGGUAUAAAAGGGAAUAUGCAGAGUAAGAAAGGACCAAGUAGACAGUUGGAGAAGGAAAAAGGGGACAAAAAAUGAAAGUGAUUUAAAUAAAGGAGAUGCAGAUAGUUCAUUUAAGCAGUUACAGUCAGAAAGUCAGAGAAAAGAUGUUGAAGGUGGUGGUAAAAGUGACUGGCUGUUUGAUGGUUUGGAAAGUGAAACGCAUCAAAUGAAGAAGGCAGAAACAGCAUUUAAAUCAGCUGAACUAAAAGAUGAUAGCAUCCAAAGAAUCUCACCCUCAGUCAGCAAAAGUCCGGACUGGCUUGGGAGCCUUUUAUCAACAGACACGAAACACUCAAGUGAAUUUAAACAGGCAUCUUCUGUAAGCAACAUCUCUGCUGGCAUUUCCACUCCAUCAGCUCAAAAGCUAAAAGAAUCCCUACAUUCUAGAAGGGAAGACAAGGGAGAGGCCCACCCAUCUCACACUUCCAGUUCUUUAGCUCCUGUCAUGCAAAC